CGGUGGGAGGAAAUUAUGAGGAAAAUUAAUUCUCAUGGUCCACCUACAAGAACGGCCGUCGAAUGGAAGAAAAUAUGGGCUGACUUGAAAAGCCGGACAAAAAAGAAGAUUGCCGAAAACACACGAAGCCUUACUGCUACCGGUGGUGGCCCAUUCCGUCACUCUCCGCUUUCCGAAAUGGGGCAGGCCAUAGACAGCCUGGUUUUUAUUUCAAGGUCAGCAGCCCCGAGCGGCAGAGUUUUCGGCAUUCCUUCGACGGCGACCUCUAACAUGUCAAGACAUUCGUCGUUGGAGGAAAUGCCUCCUUUACUUGUGACUGAAUCGCCAACACUUGACCAACGAAGGCAACAAACAACCACCCUUCAAUCUCCUAUAAGGCACAACCAACCACCACCAGUGGGAGUAGUGACUCCCACUACACAGACAACCCGUCCUACACCAACGCACACGUUACGUUCCACUAAUAGGAAGCGCACCUUCCAAGAGACAGUGGCUGAAUCUGCCAAAGUCCAAGCAGAAGCCGCUAAAGUGCAGGCUGAGGCUGCAAAAAAAAUGGUAGAGGCAUCAAUGCUGCAGGUGGAUGCCACAAACAAAUUAACUGCUGCAGUGGAACAUGAAUUUCGUAGUAAAGUUGCUUGCCACAAUGAUAUUGCUCAGUUGGAAUGUAAUCCUUAUGCUCGCAUAGCAGUGUACAGUGCAAGCUUUGGGCGCACAGAGUACGAAAGCAUUCAAUGUCCACAACCGCAAGGAGUUCGUGAAGAAACUUGCCAAGCAUCAUACGCCACUGAAACGGUUAUGCAGAUUUGCCAUGGACGUCGCCGCUGCAAUUUAGCAGCGGAUGCGAAGACAUUCGGGUCUCCAUGUAAACCUAACUCGCGAAUGUAUCUGAAGGUUGUCUACACUUGCGGCCAUUGGUUUACCUUCUUUGAGAGGGAUACUCUAUUACACCAAAAUGGUGACCCCGACGUGAUCUCGCACUCGGACAAGCGCGACAAGCACGUGUAA